UUCGUUCUUGCUUGUCAAACAUUAUCUGACACACGCGUGUGUCAGUGCGCGAUCGUUCGUCGUUUCGUGUGUUAUUUUGUGCGGUAAAUGUUUCUCUUCGCGAAAAUGAGAAAACACGCGCUUGAUUAUCUAAUUAUAAAGUGAUAUAAGUGUGUUUGUUAAGUGUCUUCGUUUUAAAUAGUUAUUUGCUUUUGUAUGUCAUCGGACUCAUCAAUAUGGCGGCAUCCCGUCACAAAUCACAACAGAAAAAUAUAUCAUCCAUAUUUUCUAAACUGCACGGCGCUUUCUCUGAUGCCGUGUGUCCAACAAAGCUCGCAACGGACAAGCGUACCCUUGAUAAAACAUGGAAGCUAAUGGACAAAGUUGUAAAACUGUGUCAACAUCACAAGAUGAACCUGAAAAACAGUCCACCUUUUAUAUUAGAUAUUUUGCCUGAUACAUAUCAGAGGUUGCGCGUUAUAUACUCUAAGUAUGAGGACAAUAUGCAGGAAUUGAAUAAUAAUGAACAUUUUAACAUAUUUAUUAUUAAUUUGAUAAGAAAAUGUAAGCAAGCUAUAAAGUUGUUCAAAGAGGGUAAGGAGAAAAUGUUUGAUGAAAAUUCUCAUUAUAGGCGUAAUUUGACUAAGCUCAGUUUAGUAUUUAGUCAUAUGCUGAGUGAGUUAAAGGCUAUGUUUCCAAAUGGUACAUUUGCUGGUGACCAAUUCCGUAUAACCAAGAGUGAUGCAGCUGAAUUCUGGAGGACAAACUUUGGUAACAGCACAUUGGUGCCAUGGAAAAUAUUCCGCGAGGAGCUGAACAACGUGCAUCCAAUUUCAUCAGGUUUGGAAACCAUGGCCCUGAAGACCACGAUAGAUCUCACCUGUAAUGAUUUUAUAUCGAAUUUCGAGUUUGAUGUAUUCACGAGGCUUUUUCAACCAUGGAGCACAUUAUUACGGAAUUGGCAGCUUUUAGCGGUAACACAUCCAGGGUACGUUGCCUUCUUAACAUAUGACGAAGUGAAGGCGCGGUUACAGAAGUACAUACACAAGGCUGGCAGUUAUGUGUUUAGGUUAUCGUGUACGCGGCUUGGUCAAUGGGCGAUUGGGUAUGUGACUGUAGAUGGCGAGAUACUGCAGACGAUACCACAAAACAAGAGUUUGGUGCAGGCGCUACUGGACGGAUAUAGAGAGGGAUUCUAUCUAUAUCCGGACGGUCGUGACGUAAAUCCCGAUCUAAGCAGCGCCAUCAUUUCGCCAGCAGAAGACCAUAUAACCGUCACACAGGAACAGUAUGAGCUUUAUUGUGAAAUGGGUAGCACGUUUCAGUUAUGUAAAAUAUGCGCUGAAAAUGACAAGGAUAUAAGGAUAGAGCCCUGUGGACAUCUACUUUGUACGCCGUGUUUGACGGCCUGGCAGAUUGAUUCGGAAGGUCAAGGCUGCCCGUUUUGUCGUGCGGAAAUCAAGGGAACAGAACAAGUGGUUGUUGAUGCCUUUAUACCCCCGAGACCGCCCAAUACCACGGCUGAUGUCAAGUUGGCGAACACAAAGACAGCUGUGAGGCCGGUGUCUUCAAACUCGUCAGGGUCCAGUGGAUCGUCAGGUUCGUCUGCGUGUAAUGGGUCAAGUUCGGAAACGCCUACGUCCAAUAAUGCGAACGGCUGGUCCACAAGGAAUACGACGUUUAACGGUCUCACAGAUGACAUUGAUGAUACAGAGGAUUGGGCAGAAUUUAACGCGGCAACAUCGACAAUAGAUGCAUUGCGGCCAGGUGUUAGGUCUGCUGGGGCAUCACCGAGGCACUCGCCCAGAGCUGUUCGCAAAGCGCCCGCGCCCGCUGAAAACGCGUACGGGGAACUACGUGCGCCACCUCUACCGCCUCGGAAGAGUCUUUCCCCAGCAGAAACCAUUGUCGCAGCGUCCAGUGUACAGGAUAUUGCUGCUGCUAGUUCCAUUAUUCCAGAUCCUAGAAGACGAUCAUCGUUGGAGCCCGAACCAGACUUGCGGCAUAAGCUAACGUCUGUGAUCACUGGUUCGACGGAGACAAUCACGGGCAUUAUUGAUACAAGACAUGAAGUUAUACCUCCCGAUCCGAGAGCAUUCGAAAAGCCUCGAAGAGCAUGCACACCCCAAGCGAAUAGUCGGCCACUGCCCGCACCUCCACCAGAGAGGCAAGAGGAACGAACAGAAAGGCAAGAAAGACACGUGCAAGACCGACUCGAUAAUCGAUUGGAUAAUCGAAUAGAGAGGUCAGAAAGAUCCAAUUCGGAAAAUCGAGUUCUUGAUCGGCAUAUGGAUUUCAGACCCCCAGAACGGCCAGACAAAUCAGACCGAAUACAAGAAAAAGCGAACUUUGAACGGGAACAUCGAGCGCCUCCACGUCAAAGAUCCCUUCCGUCAUCAACGAGUACAGAUCAUCACCCAACAAAGUCCACUACGAUGCCUAAAUUCCCAUCAGAUGAUGUCAAGGACCCGCCAUACGAAAAUGUCGGCAAUGAGAAAAAUGAAUUAUCUGUUGCAUGUAAGAAAAUAAACCCGCUGACACAUGACAAACACGGUCGUAAAUACAAUGAGAACGUGUCAUAUGAAAAUAUAAAUCUCGAUUACAUCGCGAGGUUGGUCGACGAAGGAUAUCCCAAGGAGAUCGUUGUUAGAGCGUUGGGCAUUACGCGGAAUGAUCUAGAAAUGGCCUGCGAUAUUCUACACGAAUUCGGCACGAAGGUCGCUAAUAAAUGCUAGAAAUGUAUUUUUAAUUAAACUGUUCGCUUUAAUAGUUCUUAUUUUCAAUAGUCUAAGGUCCAUAUUCCCAUCUAGUCUUGAGCGAUGUGAUGUGAAACUAUCGAAACUCAAUUUUAAUUUUACAUUAUUGAAAUUGUUUAAUGAAGUAUGCAGUUAAAAAUCAAAUGUUACUUCUGUGACCAGUCGUAAUUUUGUAUAUGUCAAAUUCUUGUCAAAACCGUACUGUACUCUGAUUUUUAAUUCCAUAGAAAUCUGACAGCUAUUAUUUUUUUGACAUGUCAAAGAUUACAAACAUUUUUGGCUGGACCCGCCAAUUUAUUAAGUGCGUUUUUCCACUGUAAGAAAACGCGCAAGAUAACAUUCUAUUUUUUUAAAGGUUUUCUAAAUCUGGAAUUAGUUGGCCAGAUAAUAAAUACAAUAAACUAAUUUAAGUUAAUUCGAUAUAUUGUUAGUGAUAUAGUCACUUGUGUAAGUAAAUAUUUAGAUUAACCUUUUUGUAGGUCAAACAUAAUAAAUACGUAGCAUUUUUUUUACUGCCCUCAAAUGUCAAAUUUUCGGUGGAGAAUUUUUUUAGUAGCAAUACUUAUGAAAUGUCAGAAUUCUAGGGAAUAAAAAAAUGAGAGUUUAAUAAUGGCUUGGACAUUCUAGCGUUAAUCGAAAAACAUGUGUACCUUCGAAAUUGUAUAAAUACGUUAUUAGUGGAAUUAAAAUUAUUAAAAUACAAAUGUUUAUGUAUAGGAAAAUUUGAAAUUAUAUUUGAUUAACUGAUGUACAAAGUUACUACAAUUUAUUUCCAAUCGCUCUUUACACUGUUAACUAAAGUGCUUUAAUAGGACUUUUAAAACAGUGUUAUAAGACUGAUUUAGUUUUUAUGAAACGAAUUAGGUUUACAUCACCUAUAAAAAUCUUUAUAAAUCGAAACCAACUUACAGAAAAUUUGAUAUAAAAUUUAAUUUCUUUAACAGUUACGAUCACAAACUGCACUCAUUCAAUAUCUAUUUCUUUAUUUCUCUGCUUUAGAAAAUCAAGCUUUUCUCAUGAAAUUGCGUUAUUAAUACUUUGUAGAACUGCGGGUAGCCCGUUAAGCCAACAAUAACGCUAUGGUAUUUUAAGUAAGACUCAAUUUUAAGGCCACUUAUCAUCAGAUGAGCCUCCGCCUGUUGGUAUAUAAAAUCCUUAAAAAUCAAUAAAAUACGAAAAUACUCGUUCGCAUCAAUGCAGGUGAACCUAUUCUUCUGCUUAAACAAAACCAAUUAUAAUCUUAAAUUGAAUCAUAUAUCGAUUUUUAUAUUAAUUUUAAUACGAUUUCCAAUUCUCAGUAUUUGUAUUACUAAGUAUACUUAACUCUGUACAUAAUAUAUUUUCGUAAAACGCUAUCUUAUAUACUUAAUAGCUGUUUAAAUAGUCUAUAUUUUUCAUAAUUACGUAUAUUUGUAAUAAAUUUUGACACUUUGACUUAUGAUAUUUGCAAUAUGAAUAGAAAUAAACUAUCUCUUAUUGUACUUUUCGCGUUUCCUCUAAACACAUUUGAACGUUUUUAUGUAAAAGUUUAUUUCGUAGGAUAAGGAAAAUCUGUAAUUAAAAAUAGAUUUGUAUAUUUUUUGCUUUGUUUGCGUCUAGAUGGUUUAAAAAUAUUUUUUAAGGCACUAAUAUUAAAUACCUAAUGUGAUUUUUUUGAGAAUUUGCCUAAAAUUUAUCAUCUCUUUUCAUUGUGGAUGGUCGUGUCACUUUAAAGUAGUGGUCUCUCAACUUAUUUAAGUUUAUUAUCAAUAUAACGAUACAUAAUAUUAUUUGCAAAUAAAAUAUAGAAUCCUUAAAUAAAGUACUUUACAGUGGAGUACUGAUAUCUGUGCCAAUCAAUACCGGCGGACCUUAUAUACAUAUGUUAAUGUCCUUUUAUUAUAUAUAAAUUACUAAAUAUAUAAAUUACAUCUAAAUUUACAUUUACUACCAGUUGGCAAGUCAAGAGCUGAGAGCGGGAAAGAUAUACGGAUUUUUAUAAUUAUGUUUUAUUAUUAAUCGACCUUUUAUAUAUGCGAAAAGUAAAAUUGAGAUUUUGUAAAUACUUUGAUAUUCUUUCGACAAUAUUCAUGUUGGACAUUUAGUUAAGACGGAGCUUAUGCUAAUUUUAUAAGAAAUUCUGAAACUAAAAUCGUGCAAUUUUGUUUCAUGCCUUACGGUUUGAAACUAUUUGGUUACGAAAACCAUUUGUAACCGAUAGUUAAUUUUAGGACUGACUUUAGCUUAUAGUGCGUAAAUUCUCGGGGAAUACCUACAAAUUGUCGUUCGUUUUUAUUGUUAAUAUUUCUUUAAAUAUGCUCUAAAUAUUUUUGAAAUCUAGUUUUUAAAUGUGUAAUGUUGAGAUUCGGCAGCUCAUACUGGACUAAUAAUUAUUAUAGUGUAGUUUUAACCCACUGAUUUAGGUAUUGAAGUGACAUAUCCACCAAAUAACUAGUCAAGCUGCAUAUUUUCAAUAACAAAAUUAGUUGUACCACGGACAUGAGUUUCGCUCAAUUACUCGCUAGAUGGCGGUGUUAUACAUAAUUUAACAUGGCACUAGAUGGCGUUGCAUGCAACUUACAUUGUUAAUAUGGCCUAACUUCAUGUCUGACGAUAUAUAUAAUGUCCAGAACAUUAUAUAUUUAAUUAUUUUUAUUUAUUAUAAGUAAUUUUUGUACAUUUUAAAUUAUUAUGUUUCUAUUUCUAACUCAUUUCCGUGGUAUGCAAGUAUCGAGCUCUUAGGCUGUGUAUACACUUAUAUUAAAAUUAAUCUUGUUGUUUAGACGUUCAGUAAGUGUAUAGAGCCCUUAAAUUUGAUUUUACUAGACGCAUGAUAAGAUUUUGCACCUAUGUAUUACAUAACUAAAUAUUUAAAAAUGCCUUUUUAGAUUUUUUUAUUUUUUCUAGCAACCAAACUAUUAUGAAUUGGUAAUUAAUAAAUUAUUAUUCAAUUGAA